AACAGUCUGUAUAGAUCACGGGUACGUUAAGCGUGGAGGGUAGGGGGACAUAUAGGCAGGACAAGAGUGCACUAACUAACAGAUCUAGCAACUGAAAUAACUGGACUCAGGAAUACUGACCCAACUCUUUUGACAUGUCUGUUUCACCUGUGCUAAAACAGUCGUCUUUAACAAGUGAACCGUGACGUCAUGACCUGACCAUUCGACCUCGAUUACUUAUACAAAGUUUUAACACUAGAUUCCUGCCCACCUUUUCAGUUCAAGAUGGUGGUAUUUGGGGCUAUCUUGAUUCUCGGUUUGAUUCAGGGUUAUCUUUCACAAGACGUUAACCAAUUUGACUUUUUCUACACUUGCCAUAUACUGGCGGAUUCCAAUUGGCGGCUAACCGCAUCCAUCAACACCUACGGCAACAUUGUGGAUAGAAUUUUCGCUUUGGAUGUCGACACUGGUAGUGAAAUAUCUUCAUGCAGCACCGACGGUGGGGGACCAUUUAUUACUACACAAGGCAAUUUUUCCACUUUCUCUAUAGACAUUGACUCUAACACGGGUGUUCCCACUCCUGAGUGUGGUGUACAGCAAUCACCUAAUGGCUCGCUUUCAGACGGUCAGUACAGAUGGAAGUUUGAAGUGACCACGGAUUACUUACACUCAUCCGUAAGACUGGCCUACGAGAAAAAGUACAGCAUCUUCUGCGAUUUUAAUAAUCCUGACAUGACACAGAGUGAAGUUAUUCUUGCUGAGUUUAACAUAACCAAGGAGACACCACCUCCCGUUGUAACGAUUCAGGAUCCUGGUCGACUGACAGUCGUGCUCCAUGACAACUUAUCACCAGUAACGGUAAUCACAACCAACGACAUGAUGAGACUGAGGGCGGAUUUGAAUCCUAACAUCGCUCAGGGGCGCAAUCCCCCAUACACGGGAAUAUCACCUUACAACUGUAGAGUUUGUACCUCAACAUCAUGCACAACAGCUAUACAACUUACGGAUCAAAACGGAUGCGUGCUUAAGGUAGGCGGUGUCGAUGCCUUUGCGGGAGAACCAUUUACGUCAAGCCUAUCUAAUAAUGCGGAUGGAGGGCUACUGUACACCGGUGCUUUCAGUCCCUUUACAUUCAGCACCUCGCUUAAUUCAGAUGUCAGCGACGUCGUCUUUACCUGCUCAUUUGCCUAUUGUGACUCAAGCACUGGUCCAGCUACUUGUCUCGAUCGCUGUACUACGCUGGGACCAGCUGGAAGGAAAAAGAGAGCGGUAACAGAUAACACCGACGAUGCCAGAGAUCGAUUUAUCCGGGAAGCGGGAAAGCAGACUGAGGAAGGAAAGAAAGAAAGUUACAUCUCAGUGCUGAUUAAAGUUGUUUCAAACUACAUGAAAAUGAAUACGGAUCCUGUGACAGGCAAAUUCCGCAAAAAGGAAAGCAAACAAUCACUGCCUUUGAAAAGAGAAAAUACAGCACGUUGUGAAGGCUUUCAGGGUUUUCUUAUCGGUGUCAGUAUCAUGGGUACAACGUUGCUGAUAGCUCUCGGCAUUUGUAUCUGUCUGUGCAUUAAGCUGUCGACUCAUCGACGUCAAGAACAGAGGAAUAACACGAAUCUUGAAGACAAAAAGAACUCGGCAUUUCAUUAAUUCGAUUUAAUACAAGGCCCAAGGAAUAUAUGUAACUGACGCUUGACGUUUGCUUAAUCUAUUUCAAAUAAUAAAUUCACUUGUGAGUGACAUCAGUGGUUUUCAGAUUUACAUACUAUGGAGAAUGCUUACAUGUAAAUACAAAAAUGGCAUUAAUGGACAUCUUCAACAGCGCCAGAAUGAAAUUUUUAAACCAAAUGCACUGGACAUGUAUUGAUAACGCAGGCGUGAUGCUACAACUAAGUUGUUACGGAAAUUGGAAGUUGAGGAAGGGUGGGGUUAAUAUUACACUUGACUGUAUCAAAAAGAGCCACAAUAAAUCCAUUAUUGUAUGUUGAG